GAAUACCUCAAACGACGACGAUCACCAAAUAGCUCUUAUAGCCACUCUUUAAAUUGUGCUUUGCCGUCUGCCGAUUCUAUAUUUUGUUUUCGAGGUUAUUAAAUUGGAUAGCAAAGAUGGGGAAGCCACGCAUGAUCAUCCUCAUUAGACAUGCCCAGUCAGAGGGAAACAAAAACCGUGAUAUCCACCAAAACAUCCCCGACCACCGCGUCAAGCUCACCAACGAUGGCUGGGACCAAGCCCACGAAGCAGGGCGCCAGCUCCGCGCCCUCCUCAAACCAGACGACACCCUCCACUUCUUCACCUCCCCCUACCGCCGCACCCGGGAGACAACUGAGGGGAUUCUCAGCACGCUGACCUCGGACGACCCGUCGCCGUCGUCUUUCCCGAGGGACAAGAUAAAGGUGUACGAGGAGCCGCGACUGCGCGAGCAGGACUUUGGCAACUUCCAGCCCUGCUCGGCUGAGAUGGAGAGGAUGUGGCAGGAGCGUGCUGAUUAUGGGCAUUUCUUCUACCGUAUCCCGAAUGGGGAGAGUGCGGCGGACGCAUACGAUCGGGUUAGUGGCUUCAACGAGUCGCUGUGGCGGCAGUUUGGGGAGGAUGACUUUGCCAGUGUUUGUGUCUUGGUCACGCAUGGUCUCAUGUCCCGAGUCUUCUUGAUGAAGUGGUACCACUUCUCCGUCGAGUACUUCGAGGACCUACGCAACGUCAACCACUGCGAGUUCUUGAUCAUGCGCAAGGACGAGGACAGCGGCAAGUUCAUCCUCGAAAACAAACUACGGACAUGGUCAGAGCUCGCUCGUGAGCGUCUCUUGAAAGAGAAGUCUGAAAAGGAGCUCGCGGAGGAUAAAGUGUCAAUGGAUGCCAUCCCAUCUCCGAUGUCCGUGACGAACGGAGGGGUUGCUGGAAUGAAGCCAGGGGAUCUGCCACCCACCCCAAGUGUGCCGAAGAGGAAACAAUGGGGUGGCUGCCCGAACGGAUGCGAUCACGGGAGGUACUAUUACCGAAGGGAAAAUGGCGUGGCAAGUCACAAUUCGUCAACCAAUCUGCUGGAGGCGCCGCCGGUGCGCCGCGCAUUCCAUAAGCGCUUCCAGAGCAGCAGCGAGGAAGACGAGGAUGACCCACGUGGGAGAUUAUCCAAUCCGUCCAAGUCCGACAGCAAGAGCAGCGGCGAAGAAAACGGGACUGGCAAGGUAGCGGGGAUCCAGCGCAGCUUGGACGGCAUAUUACUCUCCGAACCGACUGAGGCGUUUGUUACAGACAAGCUGACCGCCCACCGCGCUAAACCAAGAGACAAAGCCGUCGCCGCGGUUCUGCACGCAGGUCGUGACUUCGGAGGCUCAGCGAGCGGCAGUACGAGCCGCGCAACGAGCGACGCCGAGGCAGAGGCCGAUACAGAGGGUCUAGGGCGGGAAGGGGACGGCGGCCGGCGGCGGACGAAAUCGAAGAGGGAGAAGAAGGAGAGGGGCUAUAAAGAUAGUGGGAUGGGGAGAGGGGCGAGGGCAAAUACCCUUGGGGACCAGAGUGAGGAAGAAUUGGAUGCAUGCGCGAAUUGUGGGAGCCUGAAGGGGAAUGGAAGUCAGCAACGGCGAAAUGAUCGCGCCAGCGCGCGUGCUCAGGCUUCUAGUGAUGGCGACGCAGAGACCGAUACGCUCUUCAUCGGCAACAUCGAGACUGGACAUACUGAGGAGACGCUAGGCGCGGCCUUUGGUGCUCACGGUACUAUCGUGAGCGUCAGAAUCCCAACUGAUUCUGACACUGGCAACCUCAUGGGUUAUGGAUAUAUCACAUUCUCAUCUAUUGCAGAAGCCAAGAGCGCAUUGGAGACUAUGAGGGGUUUUGAUGAAGGUAAACAGCCAUUACGAGUCGAGUACGCUAGUCCUCAAUAUGCACUCGAAGGAGCUGGCGGCGAUGUCGGUGGAUGCGAAGACGGCCGCUGUAAACGUGACGUCGAGUCCUCCGAGGAGGAAAAUGACAGGGAGGAAAAAUCCGUGCGUGGCAGUGUGUUUUGAGGCGCAGUGGUCGCAGUGGUCCCCCAAAAAAAGGCGCCGCAUAAAUGGCGGUGUGCCCGGUUUACAGGCGUUGGUUAGUUAUUGAGCGACUCGUGAGCGUCGCUAUUAUUUAUUCCCCAUAUGGCGAAGAACGAAAUAUAUCCC